AUGACGGAGCCACUGGGAGAAGGACAUGCUCUGAACGAUGCCCUACGAUCAACGCAGGAAUUGCUUUCAGAGCAUAACGAUAAUUUGGAAGCGGCGGACUACCCAAAACAGUCGGAGGCAGACAGGAAUAUUGCACUUGAGAAAGAACUCUCCCAGCUAAACAAAAUCAACGACACAUUGGAUUCCGUAUUGGAAUCGAUAAUAGUCACCAACGCAAACAUUGAGCGAAUAAUCACAUCUUCUGAACAGUCCAAUAAACUAAUCGAAACAUGGGCGAAGAUCCUAUCACAGAAUAAACAUACCUUUGAACUACUGGAGGAUGACUCGUGGCAGGGAUCAUCAAGAGACAUUGAUACCUGGAAUUCCAAGCUUAUGGAAUUGACAGAACUUCAAAGGAAGCAAAAAGAAAUACAGGAAAGAUUGGGAAGGGAAAAGGAUCAGGAGUUGAAACAAGAACAACAGGCACAGGCAAAGAAAAGAGAAAGACAGGAAAUGCUCCAAAGAAGACUUUACGGAAGACGGUCCACAAUUAGGAAACAGUAA